GCGGGCUAGUAGCUGUAGAUGUUGUUUAGAAGGGGUCGGGGCCCCCGGAGCCAGAGUGUGACGGGUCGCUUUCAUCUCCCUUAAGGGGAGAGUGGCUACGUCGCUCAGCAGUAUCAUGGCUGACACGGGGCCCCGGCACCCUUUGCAUGCGCUUCCCUUAGAGAGUGGCGCUGUUUGUCUUGAGGGAAGCCCGUGGAUAUGGCAGCUUUUACAACAAUGCGUGGAAAAUGCUUGGGAGUACUGGAGCGUCAUUGUGGGGCUGGUAUCCAUCGCCUGCUUCUUGUUUGCUGCGUUGCCUCAGCUGUAUGUUGCUCAUACAAAUGGAAGGGUUGACCAGGCACUUUCCCUUGGGUUUUUGUUGUGUUGGUUAGGAGGGGACUUCACCAAUUUCAUAGGCUGCUACCUGACCAAUCAGCUGCCGCUUCAGAUAAUUACAGCUAUUUUUUAUGUGAAUAUGGACAUAAUUAUGAUCUCACAAUUCUCUUACUACAAGUUGAAAAAUAACAGGUUGAAAGGGAAUGGGAGCCUAAAGGGAAUUUGCAUAUCAUGGGUAUUAUUAGCCAUCACCUUGUCUAUCUUACUACCUAGCCAACUGCUUCUGAAAAAAUAUGACAAGAAUACCGACGUGGAAAUAAGCCAGAAGUCUCUGGGCAUCACUGAAAUGUCUGGUUUCAUUUGUGGGUAUGUUUCAUCCGUGUUUUAUCUGGGCUCCCGCUUUCCCCAGCUUUAUAAAAAUUUUCACAGAAAAUCCACAGAGGGCACUUCCUACCUGUUAUUUGCAUUGGCCAUGCUUGGCAACUGUACCUACGGGACGAGUCUGCUUUUAAAGCUACCUGCUGUUGGACACCAUACGAGCCAGUAUAUUAUGCACCACCUUCCCUGGUUAAUUGGGAGCUUUGGUGUCCUGAUACUUGACUUUUUUAUGACGGCACAGUUCAUAAUAUAUCGGAAAGACAAGACAAACAAGAGUGCAGAUUUAUUAGCAAUAGAAGUGGAGCCUUUACUUGUGAAUGAAAAGGAAGUCUAAACACUUAAGCACAGGUUUACAUAGCUUUGCUUUUUGUUUUUAGCAAUUCAGAAAGUGCCCACAGAGCGCUAACAAUAAAUGUUCCAAAUGAGUAGUAGUAGAGUUAAGAACUCAAACACCCAUAGGAAACAAUUGAUUUCGACUGCUCAAAGCUGCCAGUUCAGUUCUAAUGAGCUGACACAUUGAUCUGCUUAGAUAAAUGUAUCCGUUCUUUACAUGCUUUCCUCAUGAGAAUGAAGUUGUCAGGAAAUUUUUAACAGGUGGAAAAAAUGUGAACUGCUAGGUAUUGGUAGCUGGAAUUUUAGUAAAUCUGCUCCUUAAUAUCGAUGUUCAUUUUUCUGUUUACAUUCCAUAAGGAUUUUCUGCCUUCUUUAAGAACAGUCUAUUGGAUUAAGAUGUUAUGUUCCAUGCCGUGCUAACCUGAAGGUGUUGGGUAACAAGCUAACACAAGGAAAAGUUUGCAGUGUCUCUUUGAUUUAGGUUUAUGAUAACAUUCCAUACAAAGGUGAACUAAAGCCUAAAACAUAACAUGCUAAAAAUGCUGUAUUUUUUAUUUUCUAAACUUCAGAAGUAGAAGCCCUGUACUUUUUACAGCCCUGUACCAGUGAUGAUCCAUGCCUUUAAAUCUGUCCACAGCAGAUCCCCAUCUUGAACUUGUCAAACCAUCUCUUGUGUGAUGGUUUGACAAGAUGAUAAAAAGAGGUGAGUUACUGGGGACAUCUUCCAUGCUAAGGACAGUGGCACAUGGGGCAACAUCAAACUCUGUAAGGGUUGUGUUUUUUAGUUAUCUGAAAAUACAGGGCCAAAGCAGCCUUAUAAUGUAAAUCAGCUGACAAAUGCUUUUGUCAGAGCUUGUAGAGCUAUAGUACCUUAAAAAAGCAUCCAUAUGUGUUUCAAGCUAGUAUCGCUUGACAGUUGCUGACACAUUACGCAAGGCUAUGGGGAGCUGCUUUGGCAUCUCGCACUCAAAAAGUGAAAUUCUGUUGAAAUGUAGUUUCCAUAGCACAAUUUUAACACUGUUUCAGCUACUGUGUUUUGCUUCAGGUACAGCCACCAGGCAUCAGUGAGCAAUGCUAACAAAAACUUUGAGAGGUUUUACAUGUUUUCUACUUGUAAUAUGUUUAAAAUGAUAGGGACACAUUCCAGUUUUAUAGGAAAUAGUCGAUAUGACUUUAAAAACCUUCCAGUGCCAUUCCUUUAGUACAAAUGACAGCUCUUACCCUGCAUUUUCUUCUUUGCUAUGUACCUGUGUAAGACAAUAGCAGCUCUUCUCUAACUGCUGCUCUGAGUAUGCUUCAUCACUACAGUAUCACCAGUCAAAUGAUGGCAGCAUGCUAAGUAAUGCAGUCAGAAAAGAAUGGCUGCCAGUUUACUAAGAAUAUGUUAGAAGAUGUUCACUAUUAUAUUAAAUGUUUAUAUGUUAUAUCUGAUCUUAUACCAAGCAACUUUUACAUUUGCCCUUAUUUAUUUGGUUGAUAUAAACAUAUAUAUUAAAUAAGAGCACUCCUAUUUUGUCUAAAUUCAGCCCGCAACUUAAAAUUCUUUCUGGUUGUCAUAGUCACAACCAUAAAAUAGUGACUUUCAGCCAAAGCACCAUUUAAACAUGUCACAUAGAAAAUAUUUUUGGGGUUUUUUACUUUUAUGCUGUAAGCAGUUGCUUAUUAACAAUAUUGAAAUUCAAAAAUUAAGACCAGCUUUGAGGCCACUGGGAGCAACAUGUUGCUCACGAGCCACUGGUUGGGGAUCACUGCCCUAAUAUAACAUGUACUCAAUGUAGUGGCACAAAUAUCAAGAUACCCUCAUUGGUUUCUUAUGAAACUGAUACAAGAUCUAGGGCAGCUGGAGGACACUAGUUGCCUGUGAGAGCUGCCAUUCAGCUGUUAAAGGACCCGAACCCCCCAAAAAAGUAGAUUUUGUGAUCUGUGGUAGUUAAUGGGUUAAAAAAAAUGAAACCUCACUGUUAUUGCUUGGUACCCAUGAUUUAGUUCUCCUAAUAGAAUAUCCAGAGAAUAAUCUAGAAAAUAGACAUGCCUUUAUGGGAUAUUUAUAUAUAAAUUUCAUACAACUUCUAUCAUUGUCAAAUGGGAGCAGCUUGUCUGUAAAGUUUUUCUCCUUUCAAAUAACCCACUGUAAUACUGUAAUCCAUUAUGUCUAGCCUUACUGUCAUGUUACAGCGUGUAUUGCACUUUAUUUGGAGUAAAAUGUUUGUUUCCGUACAACUGUAUCUGUAAAUACCGGCAUUCAUAUGUACAGAUAUUAUAAUGUACUCUCUAUUUAACACUAGUGUAAUAAUUGUGCAAAGUGUUGGUGCUACUUACAGUAAGUUAUCAUGGACAGUUUACAGUGUACAUUCUUUUGAAAAAAUGUUUUGUAACAUGUAAAAAAAAAAAUGGUUUUCUUUGGCUGUUCAAUGUUUGGAGAAAAUGUCUUGACAAAAAGAUUAAUAGUGUUUAGUAAAGUAUUUUCAAC